ACUUUUUCUCCUUCUUCUCCUGCCUUGUGAAUCUUCUUCCAUGGCUUCUGAUUCUCACUCUCCAACUGUUACUACACCUGAAAAGCCAUUGGAGAACAAGGUGAGCGAGGAAGCUAAGUUGAUGGAGAAAGAGAUAGUUUCUUCGGAUUCUGCAGAUGUGGUGAAUAAUAAACCGGCAUCAGAUUCAAACCCGGUGGUUACUAAAGAAGAGGAGAUUCAUCAAACUCCUGUAGGUGAACCAGAGAAAGAAUCACCUUCACUGGUGGAAGAGGUUGGAGCAGUUGUGAAAGCAGAGGAAUCUACAGAGACAGAGAAACAUGAAAAUGGUGAGAAGGAAGCUGAACAACUGGAACUUGAAGAACCAAUCCUUGUGAAAGAGGGUGUUACAGAAGUUAAUGUUGAAGCUGGUGAUGCGGAGAAAGCAGAAGACAAGCCAACCGUGGAGAGUGUUGUUGAAGAAGACAAUAAGGAUAAGGAGGAGACGAAGAUUGUUGAUGUAUCUGAAUCAACAGAUGAAGCUGGAGGCAAACAGGUGGAACCAGAUGUUCAAUCUGUUAGAGAUGCAGAGAAAACAGAAGAGAAGCCAACAGUGGAGAGUGUUGCUGAAGAAGACAAUAAGGAUAAGGAGGACACAAAGAUUGUUGAUGUGUCUGAAUCAACAGAUGAGGCUGGAGGCAAACAAGUGGAACCAGUUGAUGUUCAAUCUGUUAGAGAUGUAUCUGCAGAGACUGAAGAAGAGAAAAUCAAAGAUGUGGAGGUUCUUGAAGUCCAGCCAGAGCCAGAGGCUUCCGAAAAAGUUGAGACUCAGCCUGAGAAAGCAAAGGAAUUGGAACCAGAAGUUGAAGUAGUAACGGCAGAGGAAACACCUGAAGCAGCAGAACAAGCUAAGGUUGAGCUUGAGGUAAAGCUGGAGGAUGUAAUUGUUGAGGACAAAGACUCUGAAAUGAACCCCAAAGAUGAAAAGACUUCUGAAUCUGGUUCUGCUUUGUGCCCUGAGGAAAUUGUAUCGACAAACCAAGAAUCAGACACUGACCCCAAAAAGGAGACUGAAAGAGACGCUUCUUCUCCUAUUGACGUCAUUGAGAAGGCCAUUACAGAAGAGAAGCAUGUAGUGGAUGAACCAGCAAAGGAGGAAAAACCUUCUGAAUCAGGUGCUGCUUUGUCCCCUGAGAAAGUUGUACCAAUAAACCAAGAUUCAGAGGAAACUGAAGGAGAAGCUUCUGCUCCUGCUGAUGUCAUUGAGAAGGCCAUUACUGAAGAGAAUUAUGUAGUAGGUGAACCAUCAAAGGAUGAAACGACUACUGAAUCUGGUUCUGCUUUGUGCCCUGAGAAAGUUGUACCGACAAACCAUGAUUCAGACACAAACCCCAAAAAAGAGACUGAGGGAGACGUUUCUGCUCCGGCUGAUAUCAUUGAGAAGGCCAUUGCUGAAGAGAAGCAUGUAGUCGAAGAACCAUCAAAUAAGGAAAAAACUCCUGAAUCUAGUUCUGCUUUGUGCCCUGAGAAAGUAGCACCCACAAACCAAGACCAAGAAACAGAACCCAAAAAGGAGACCGAAGGAUACGUUCCUUCUCCAGCUGAUGUCAUUGAGAAGACCAUUACUGAUGAGAAGCAUGUAGUCGAAGAGCCCUCAAAGGAUGAAAAAGAGAAUGUAAGUGAAGCCAAAGAUGUCGUUACCAAACUAGCUGCAGAAGAUGAGAACAUCAAGAAAGAUACUGAACCACCUGUUGCAGAAGGAAAGAGCGAAGAGACUUUGAAAGAAACUGAUACAGGAUCAGGAGAGAAAGAAGCUGCAACAAACAAACAAGAGGAACCAGUUACAGAAAAAGUAGCAGAGGUUGUAGAGACAGCACCUGUUGUUAAAGAGAUCGAUGAGCCGAAACAAGAAGCAGAAGUCACAACCAAAGAAGUUCCUGCUAAGCAAAAACAUUCAAACAGCAUAAUAUCAAAGGUGAAGCAAUCUCUUGUUAAGGCAAAGAAAGCAAUCAUUGGAAAAUCUCCAAGCUCUAAGACUAUUACAACUGAAGAAGCCAAAGAAGAAAUCAAAGUCAAGUGAUAAAGUGUUCAAGUUUAAAGUUUUCAGUCAGGUUGAGUUUUGGAUAUGUUUGAUUCUGACGUUGUUUGGUUAUCUUCCGGGAAUUCUUUACGCUCUUUAUAUCAUCACCAAGUGAUUUUUCCAAUAUCCUCUGUUCUUUCCUCUUGCUCCUCGUAAGCUUUCUUUCUCCACGAUCUCUCUCCCUCAAUGUAUAUUAAUCCAAUCAUAUAAACAUACAUAUGCGUAGAUGUGAUGAACAUAGAACGAGAUUAGAUGAAUUAUCUUUGAUAUACUAGAACAAUAUAUGUUUUACACUAAG